GCUCAGGACUUGGCUGAGAUGCAGCGUGAUCAGAGGACAGAGCAGAGGAGAACAAUCACAAUGACGGAUUUUCAGGCUCUCACCGUGUGGCAGAGAGUCCAGUUAUUCUGCCAAGGGAUUUUGGAAAAUGGAGACAAAAGGACAGACAACUGGCUUCUGGUCUAUUCUCCUGUGCCAAUUAGCUGUGUCUUCCUGUGUUACUUGAUCAUUAUAUGGGUGGGGCCAAAGCUGAUGGCAAAGAGACGGCCAGCCAACCUUAGACCUGUUUUGAUAGUUUAUAACUUUGCCAUGGUCUGCCUGUCUGCCUAUAUGUUCUAUGAGUUUACAGCCUCCUCCUGGUUGGCAGGAUACAGUCUGCUGUGCCAGCCAGUCAACUACAGUGACAGCCCCUCGGCCAUGAGGAUGGCCAGAGUAUGCUGGUGGUUCUUCGUCUCCAAAGUUAUAGAGCUCUGUGACAGUAUUUUUUUCAUCCUAAGGAAGAAGAACAGCCAAGUGACCUUUCUCCAUGUCUACCAUCACGCCACAGUGAUCUUCAGCUGGUGGGCUGGGGUUAAAUAUGUGGCUGGCGGACAGUCUUUCCUGAUAGGUCUGAUUACCUCCCUCGUCCACGUAGUGAUGUACUUGUACUACACCCUGGCGGCUGUGGGACCGAGCAUGAUCAAAUACUUGUGGUGGAAACGCCACCUCACCACCCUACAGCUGCUUGCCUCAGCAUCUCUGAUCUCCCUCCUCCACCCACCAACGCUACCAAAAAUGGCCUUCGCUGGAAGAUGGGAAACUGAGACCCAGGAGGGAUACGAUGCGUUCUGCAAGGUGCUCGGCAUUCCAGACGAUAUCAUCGAGAAGGGUCGUGACUACAAAAUGAUCACAGAGGUCACCCAGGACGGCAAUGACUUCACCUGGACCCACUUCUAUCCUGCCAAUGCCAAGGUCACCAACAAGUUCACUGUUGCCAAGGAGUGCGACAUGGAGACCAUCGGAGGGAAGAAAUUCAAGGCUACGGUGCAAAUGGAAGGAGGCAAGCUAAGCGUGACCUUCCCCAACUACCACCACACCUCUGAGAUCAGCGGAGGCAAGCUCAUCGAGAUCUCCAAAGCCGGCUCUGUAGUGCUGAAGAGAACCAGCAAGAAGAUCUAACUGCUGAUUGAUCUUUGACAUCUCACACAGUUACAAUGGAGACCUCACAACUAUCAUCCAUCCA